AUGGACGAGGGGGAACCGAAGGAGGCCCAAGGGGUUCACAAUGCCCUUAAAAGUGUGAUAGAGGCUGUGCAAAAGUCCUCCCCCAGAGAGAGUGCUGAAGGACGAGGGAAGACGCUGAAAUCCCAGCUGUCCAGCGUCUCAGCGGGAGGCGACUACGGCAAAGGACUUUUCAACAGGGAGAUGGGACCAUUGCAGAGCCAGCUUAGUCAAGGGGAAUACGCCUUACUCAAGCUUGCUCCCAUGUUGGAAAGUGACUUUGUGCAGAUUAACAAGCGAGGAGAGGUGAUUGACGUACACAACCAAGUCCAGACCGUGACUGUCGGGGUUGCCUGCACCUCCUCCAGCAUGACGGUCCCCAACGUGCUGCUUCUGGCUCGCCCCACCUGCCCUCCCGAAGAGAAGCCCCAGAAGUUUAAAAAAUUGCUCCGCCAGUCUUCCUCGUCGCUGGGAUUAGAGCUCACCAGGCUUAUCCCUCUGCAUUUUGUCAAGAUCUCGCUCCACAAUGCAGAGAAGAAGCAGCUGCGAUUCAAGCUGGCGAGCGGCCGCACCUUCUACUUGCAGCUCUGCCCCCAGCCUGGCAUGAAAGAGGAUGUCUUCAAACUGUGGGUCAAGGUGGUCAACAUGCUCCGGCCACCCUCAGACCAAGGGCCCUUAUUGCACAGCAAGAGCGAAGACCCUGGGGGGUCUGGGGAGGCCCUGACUGAUAGGGCACAGAGCCUGGGAUCCUUAAACCUAGAAGAAACAGUGAGCAUCCGUAGUAUCUAUUCACCCGCUGAAGUUCGCAGCCCUGCACAAGAGGAUGUCAGGAGCAGGCGCAGCCUGGUUUUGUCCAUGGGGAGCCAGCCCAGCUCCAGAGCCCCCAGCCCUUCUCCAUUUGAAAGCGAAGGAAGGACAACUGACUUUGAGGAGCUGGGGUUGCCAGAGCCAUUGGAGCGCCCGCCCAGCACCAGGAGUCGGGGCAGUCAGCCCGAGAGGACUGAGAGAAGCCCUAAGAUGAGCAGUAUUGUCCUUAUAGACAUCAGCAGGGAUGAAGAUGGAGGCAAAACCAGAAUUACCGGUUCAAGCCGGACGACCAGCAGGAUUGUCUCACUCAUCAGAUCCUGCUCCUGGGGGAGGCGGAAGAGGAGCAAGAGCCGAGAUGCCAGGUCCCGGGGCAAAGGAAAGAAACGCUGA